AUGAGAGCAAUGGUGAAAUUCGCCCAGCUACUCCUUCUGCUGAUUCCAAUCAGUGCCAGUUUUUCCUUGGCGUCAAACCAGCAAUGCAAGACUUGCAAGACUGCCAAUGUUAUGUUGGCGAGAGGUGGAUCCCAACUUACAAGAGAGCGCUCUUCUGGAACAAAAGAUAGCACCAAGUUACAUGCUGCAGACGCAUCAUCGACUGUUUCACUCUAUGAAAAUGCAAAUUCGGAGAGUAGACCGCUCAGAGUCCUUUUUCUCUCUGCCGAUACUGGAGGAGGUCAUCGGGCUUCGGCUGAAUCUCUUGCAAAGCAGUUUCUUUUGCAAUUUCCAGGAAGCACCUAUGAACUAGCCGACUUGUGGACUGAUCAUGGAAUACUACCCUACAGAACGCUUGUCAACGCCUACAAACACUUAUCGUCGCAUCCACGACAAUGGAGACUCUUCUACUGGCUUUCCAACAACAAGUUGAAUGAAAUCUGGACCAACACUCAUUCUAGCUUCUUUUGUGCCAAACCAAUUAGAGAACGCAUCAAGUCCUUUGAACCUGAUGUCGUUGUUUCCGUUCACCCCACCAUGAACUACGUCCCAUUGCGACAAACUAGAAAGAUUAGCAAGGAGCUCGGAAAGCACAUUCCUUUCUUCACUGUCGUCACUGAUUUGGGAUCUGCUCAUAUUACUUGGUUUGAAAAGAAUCCUGAUAAGCUCUACGUGGCCUCGGAUCGUCUGUACAAGUGUGCUCGAAGAUGGAAGGGAACACCUGAGGAAAACCUUGUUCUAACAGGACUACCAAUCCGUCAUGGUUUUGGAAUGGAGGCAGAGAAGCUAGGAGAUCGUACUACUGAAGCCGGCAAGGCAUACCAAAGGGAUACUAAGGAGUCACUUGGAAUUGACAGUUCCAAACCAAUGGUGUUGGUCAUGGGUGGUGGCGAAGGUGUUGGCUCGUUGUCUGAGAUUGUGGAUCAGCUUUACGCCAAACUGACAAAGCAAGGAGUGGAUGCUACUAUUUGCGUCGUCUGCGGACGUAAUGAAAAGCUACUAAAGGAGCUGGCAACAAAGGAUUGGGAGAGUGUAUUGGAAGAGGAUGACACGAAGAAAAAGGGAAAACGUGGGUUUUUCAAAUUCUUGAAGACGCGGAAGAAGACCAACAAGUUCAUUCAACAGGCCAUGAAGCGGGCCGAAGAGACAGCCAGCGAACCAAAUGGGAAGGGAAAUGUCGAUGUUGUUGGUUUGGGAUUCAUCACCAACAUGCCGGAAUACAUGGUCGCUGCCGAUAUCCUUGUGUCCAAAGCAGGACCAGGAACAAUUGCUGAAGCUGCAGCCGUAGGUCUUCCGUGUAUGUUGACAAGUUUCUUGCCUGGCCAAGAAGCGGGAAACGUCGAUGUCGUUUUGGAAUCCGGGUUUGGUGACUAUUGUGAGGACCCUCCGCAAAUCGGCACUGAAGUUGGCUAUUGGCUUCAAGACGCCGAUUUGAUGCAAACAAUGAGCAGAGCGGCCACGCAAGUAGGAAAUCCCUAUGCUGCUGACGAUAUCGUCCGAAGCAUCGGCUCGCAAACUGUUGCUUGGAUGAAUCUGAAUGAAAAGUAA